CGGUGUUAGAAGAGCUACCUAGGCUCCUGGGAGGCUGGUAAGAAGAGCGGAGGCUGUGUCCCACAGACUCUGGCAUCAUGAACAUAUUUGAUCGGAAGAUCAACUGUGAUACACUCUUAAAAUUUUCCCACAUAACCCCCUCGACACAGCAGCACCUGAAGAAGGUCUAUGCCAGUUUUGCCCUCUGUAUGUUUGUGGCGGCCGCGGGGGCCUAUGUCCAUGUCGUCACUCAUUUCCUUCAGGCUGGCCUGCUCUCUGCCUUGGGCUCCCUGGGGUUGAUGAUUUGGCUGAUGACAACACCUCAUAGCCAUGAAACUGAGCAAAAAAGACUGGGACUUCUUGCUGGAUUUGCUUUCCUUACAGGAGUUGGCCUAGGCCCUGCUCUGGAGCUGUGCAUUGCCAUCAACCCCAGCAUUCUUCCCACCGCCUCCAUGGGCACAGCAAUGAUCUUCACCUGCUUCACCCUGAGCGCCCUGUAUGCCAGGCGCCGGAGCUACCUCUUUCUCGGAGGUGUCUUGAUGUCAGCCAUGAGCCUGAUGCUCUUGUCUUCCCUGGGGAACCUUUUCUUUGGAUCCAUUUGGCUUUUCCAGGCAAACCUGUAUGUGGGGCUGGUGGUCAUGUGUGGCUUUGUCCUUUUUGAUACCAUUAUUGAGAAGGCUGAAAAUGGAGAUAAGGAUUAUAUCUGGCACUGCGGUGACCUCUUCUUAGAUUUCAUUACUCUCUUCAGAAAGCUCAUGAUGAUCCUGGCUAUGAAUGAGAAGGACAAGAAGAAAGAGAAGAAAUGAAAUGACCAUGCAGGCUUUCCCAUUUUGACCUCUGUCCCUCACCCCU